UCGCAUAUAUAAACACGCUUCUCUUCAACAACCCUCAUCUCAUUACACUUUCUUCGCUUUCGCUAAAUCUAAUUAAGCUUUCUCUCUCCGAUUCCAUGGCUCGUACCAAGCAAACCGCUCGCAAGUCUACCGGUGGUAAGGCUCCAAGGAAGCAGCUCGCCACCAAGGCUGCUAGGAAAUCUGCUCCUACUACAGGUGGAGUAAAGAAACCUCACCGUUACCGCCCUGGAACCGUUGCUCUUCGUGAGAUCCGUAAGUACCAGAAGAGUACUGAGCUUUUGAUCCGCAAGCUUCCAUUUCAGCGUCUUGUCCGUGAAAUUGCUCAAGAUUUCAAGACGGAUCUGAGAUUCCAGAGCCAUGCAGUUCUUGCACUUCAGGAAGCAGCUGAGGCUUACCUGGUUGGAUUGUUUGAGGACACCAAUCUGUGUGCAAUUCAUGCUAAGAGGGUGACAAUUAUGCCAAAGGAUAUUCAGCUUGCUCGUCGCAUUCGUGGUGAACGUGCUUAGGAUGGUCAAGGUGCUUAGGGUUAUGGUGGAUUAGUAUUUGGGAAGGAUUUUAGGGUUUUAUGAAUUUGAGUUUCUUUUAUGCGUUGUAUAGUUCUGAACCUAUAAUGUUCAAUCUUUAACAACAGACAUAUUUUGGAUGAUGAUUAGUUUUUUGAGGACAAGUUUAUGAUGUAAUUGGUCAAUUACAAUUGAAGUCUUUGCAACUAUUUUUCUUAUA